AUGAAUGAAGUGGAGAGACCUAUCGCGAUUGCCUCGUCUUCGCAGCCCUUCUCAAUCAAUGACAUCGGAACCUGUGCCAUCUGUCGAGGCUCAUUGCGAAACCUAUCUCGUUACGGAAGACUGGUGAGACGGGCCCUGCUAGACGAGGCGACGAAGAAGUUCAUUCUGUAUCUGAAUCAGCAAUAUGUGCCGCUCGCUCAAGAGCUGGCCCAUGUUCUGUCCCAAUUGCAUGGCCGCGAGGCAACCGCGGAAUCAGCUGCACGCGUGUUUCAAGCCAAGGUUCAACUCCGACUGGAGGGUCCACCUGCGCAUCAAGUAUGGCUGAUGGGUCUCUAUGUCAACAAAGGGGACAAGCGACGCUGGAAGGACUUGUUGGUUCUCCGGCACAAGAUAAGCGACUAUCAAGACAGGGUGAAGGUGGAGGAGCAGCCGUUCAACCAGGUGCGCAACAUGGUCGAAGAUGCACGUCGACGCAAGAGAACAUCCGGUCAAUUUGGCUUCGAUGAAAAUGUGCUGCAAACCAAAGGCCAAAUCCAAGCUGCCUCGCUGCUAAUCCGUCUGGACACGGCUCUCCUCGGGGACUUUCUCUCCAUGAAGAAGACCGUGCGCAUCGGUACCGACCAGACCGAUUUACAGGUCAACCUGACUGAGAACCGAAAAGAGAGCCAGCGACUUAUUGACGGCGCAAUCGCUUCGCAUCGCAUUUUGCAACAGGCAGAAGGCAACCUUUUUCUGGCUCAGCUGUACGCUCUCGAGCGGGAAAACGCGACGGAGCCAACUCACGCAGAUACUUUAUUGCACGGGGGAACCACGGCUAUUGCAGAAGCCCAGAGGCUCUGUGAUUCAUAUCCCACGCAGACACGGGGCCUGAGCGAGGAGAUUGAAGGCACGAGGGCUAUGCUUCGCGGAUCCACUUUCUAUGCGCCCGUCAGCAACGAAGAGCGCAUGGCUGUUUUGACCGCCAUGGCGCGCGAGUUUCGGGGAACAGGGCAUUGGUACUACUGCGCAAAUGGACACCCGUUCACCAUUGGAGAGUGUGGGGGCGCUAUGGAAUUAUCGUCGUGUCCAGAGUGUGGAUCCGCCGUGGGAGGUCACGAUCAUCGAACCACCAGCGGGGUGACACAUGCUCUUGAUUUAGAGCAGCGCUUGAGGGAUCUCCGUAUUGACACUUGA